AUGGAUGAUGAUGAAUAAUAAGAGAAAUAACAUCUAGCUAAUGAUGGUAGAUAAAUGACUUUAAUUGAUUAAAUCAUUAGAAAUAAAGUUUUUAAUUGCAGAUAUUGGAAAGAAGAUUGUUUUGGAUUAACUGCUGUAACGUUAGUUGAUAAAGCCUGUAAAUUAGAUUGUGUAGGUAAAAUCAUUAAAUUUUUAUAUUAUAGGUGUAACAUACUCUGGUACUGGAAAACCUUUGCCAUUCCUUUGUUUAUUAAUGAAACUUUUGUAAAUUAAUCCAGAAAAAGAAAUUAUUAUUGAAUUUCUUAAAAGCAAAGAUUAUAAAUAUAUAAGUGCUUUGGCUAUGUUUUAUAUUAGAUUGACUUCAAAACCUAAGGAAGCAUAUCCAGCAAUUGAAUAAUUUUAUGCAGAUUUUAGAAAAAUUAGAAUUAGAAAUUUAGAUGGUACAUUUGCAAUUUGGCAUAUGGAUGAAUUAGCUGAAAAACUUUUAAAUGAAGAAAAUAUUUUUGGAAUUUCUUUACCAAGAUAUUAAAAGAGAUGGAUAUUAGAAGAAUAAGGUUAAUUAGAACCAAGAAAGAGUGUUUUAGAAGAAGAAUUAUAGAAUUAAGAAUCAGUUGUAUAAUAAAAAGAAUAAGAAUAAGAUUAAGUAUAAAAAGAAGAGAAAGAAUAAAUAAAAUCAAGAAGUAGAAGUAGAAGUCAUAAGAAACAUAAAAAACAUAAUAAACAUCAUUCUCAUCAUAGAAAAUGA